CGAAGUGCGAAACCACAGAGAAGGAAUAAAAUAACUCUAUUCAUGGGCAUUGGUUAUACUCUCAUACCAACCCAUUUAUUUUUCAAUUCUUAUUUAUUUAUUUAUUUAUUAAGAGAAGCAAAAAUCGGUGGAGAAGUGCGUAGUGGUGAAAGUUGAAUGCUGAAUCAGAAACACGACGAGAGGAAAUUAUGCAGAAAGAAAAAGAACGUGAAAACUGAAAAUCAUUUCACUCCACAAUCAUAACCAUUCAUUCCCACCUUUUUUGUUUUUUUCAACUCUCUCUCACACCAUUCGAUAUAUCAGUCUCUGUUCUCCUCCCAUUCUCUCUUUCUCUGCACUGCAACCACUUCUUCUUUUUUAUUUUUCAAAUCCAAGUAGCAAUAGAUUACAGAAUGGAUGCUAAAGCUGCCCAGAGGUUACAGCUUUCAGCGGUGGUUCAGCCGCAGAAGAUUGGGAGAAGACUGAGUUGUAGUUUGGGGAUGUCUCGGGAACCGCAGAGGGUUCCGGUUUUUGUUUCGGCCAAGUUGUCUUCCGCGAUUCGGCGCAGGACGACCAAGUUGGAGGUUGCUUGUUCUUACGACAACAUUCCAGCUUCAAUAUUGGAAUCUGGAACUCAUCACGCUCCUCUUGAUGAAGAAUUGAUUCUGAAGAAUAAAUCGCAAGAGAUCAAGUCAUAUUUAAAUGGACGCUGUAUAUUUCUUGUUGGAAUGAUGGGCUCUGGGAAGACGACUGUUGGGAAGAUAAUGUCGCAAGUGCUUGAUUAUUCAUUUUUUGAUAGUGAUACGUUGGUGGAGGAGUUGGUUGGUGGGACAUCUGUAGCUGAUAUAUUCAAGCACAAUGGUGAGGCUUUCUUUCGUGAUAAGGAGACUGAGAUAUUGUAUAAGCUUUCCCAGAAGCGUCGACGUGUUAUUUCUACUGGUGGUGGUGCUGUUACGAGGCCUAUCAAUUGGAAAUAUAUGCACAAGGGGGUUAGUGUUUGGUUGGACGUACCAGUGGAAGCCUUGGCACAGAGAAUUGCAGCUGUAGGAACUAAUUCUCGCCCCCUUCUACAUUAUGAAGCAGGGGAUGCAUACACACGGGCUUUGAAGCGUUUGUCUGCUAUUUUUGAAGAGAGAAGUGAAGCAUAUGCCAAUGCCCAUGCCAGGGUCUCAUUAGAAAAUAUAGCAAUAAAAAUGGGCCAAAGAGAUGUGUCCGAAUUGUCUCCAAUUGCGAUUGCAAUUGAGGCGCUCGAACAAAUUCACAACUUUUUGAAUGGCGAAGGUAGCUGUUAUUCAGAAUGCUAGUACAAACUUUGAACCCAAGCGUGUUUUGAUUGUUUAUAUUUUUUCCAUGCAAUUUGAGAUUGCAAUUAAGGUCAUGCUCUUAUGCAGUGUCUUUUCGUUUGGACUGAAAAAGAAAGAGAAGUAAUGCAACAUGGCACUUAUUUAGCAUAAUCUGACCGCCAAUAGCAACAGUAUUUAAUUUAUUUGUUUUGUUUAGUGUUGAUGUAUAUAGAGUUGUUUGUUGUAAUUCGAGUUCGAUUGAUCAAUUUAUGUAUGCCUUCUUCUAAAGAGGUUUGUAUGCUGUAAAGUGACUAUACUAUAUUUUCAAGGAAAAUACUAACCAAUGUCUGAAGGUAUUGGUUAAAGAAUUAAAAAAAAUAUUAAAAAACAUAAAAAGACAUUCAUCUUCGUAAUUUUUAAUAAAACUUAUUGUUUAUCUAUUCU